GUUGUUUCUUUCCUUUUCCCUGUUAAGAGUAUUUUGCCAUGUCCCUUAAGAGGCCUUUUCAUUUGAUGAUUUAAAAUAAUUCAUGGUUAAGUAAAAUUGUCGUUUAUUAUUUUGUAAGCGGUCAAAGAGACAAAUCUCACAGUGCCAAAGUCAGAUUUUUAAAUGGAAUACAGAAUAUGCAGUAUGUAAAAUGAUUUCUGUGCUGGAAAUGUCAGCAUGCUUUCUACUCUUUUAGAGCUGUGUCAAUCACUGCAGCAUCAUGUUCACUUUUUUUUGCAAACGAUCUGAUAGUCUGAGUGACCCGCAAUGUUUUUUUAGAGCUGUAACAAAGUGCACCGCAGGUCAGAACCAUUCAUAGGGUUAAUCGGUAAUGCAGUACCACUGCUUUAGGUAAAAUAUUUUCAAGAAAGUAGAUACAUUCUCUGCCAAUGUGAUUAUUGGCUGACUAAUAUGCAAAAUAAUUUCAGUUUUUCAAAGUUCUGAUGUCCAACUUUUUAAAAAUCAUCUCCCAUAUAUAUAUCUCUUUAAAAUGAUCUGCAAUUGCAGAUCAAAUGUAUUAAGGGGAAUGGAAAGAUAACUCAACGGUUACCAUAUGUGGUUUUUUACAAGUUAUAAAUGGUUAACCACUACUGAAAAUGUGUUUCAAUCCCAGGUUCCUUUUAUAAAGCAGAAUUAUGUAGUUGACUGCAUAUAAUGUGGAAUGAACUUUGUGAGGGGAAAAGCUUUAAGUGUAUUUUUAGUUCUCGUUUUCCUGUAAUGUAAAUUUUAUUUACUCUGACAUGUUUCAGUUUCUUAAAGGGACAAUUAACAGGACAAAAAAUAAAUACACAUGUAGUUUCAUUUAUCAAGUUAAAUUGUUUUGGUGUGAGUUGCCCUGUGUUAAAGAUAUCAGCUGAACAGAUGUUUUCCUUCUCUCGGAUAUAAUGAACUAGUUGGCUUAUGCCUGUCUCUAUAGCUAAAAAUCACCAGCCGGUAUCUCAAACACUCGGAAACUCACACCAAUACAAUCUGGAUUGAUGGAUAGAAUCGCAGGUAAAAUGUGUUACAGGUCAGAUGGUUUUAUUUUGAAGGCCGUGACCGGAAGUAAUGUAUCUCGACAACUCUAGCUUGAAAGAUCCACCUGUUUUCAUGCUUAAAUGUGGAGCCAUUGUCGAGAUUAAAUUUUAUUGUGGAAGUGCAUAGCCGGAAACUAAUAAUUAAUCUUUUCCGCUGGUUUAACCGUGAAAGGUAAACAAAGGGAGGAACCUUGUUAACUGGACUUUCGCUUGCAACUCGAGAUGUCGUGCACAACUCAGCGCAUUUUACGCACGGUGACUGAUCACAACAAGCCAGCGGGCACGUUACGUAAGCGCGCAGCCACGAAGGCAUUUAAACAGUGAGGCUGUGAAGCUCCAGCUGGAAACUUUUCCUUUGCUGUCCCUAAAGCCUGUGACACCAGCGCGUAUUCCUCCACACUCUUGCAGACUUUUUACUAGCCAGACAUGUCUUCUUCUUACAACAACAGCGCGUGUUUUAACGAGGCCAGGAGAGUCGCUAUUUUCGGAGGAACGCACGGGAAUGAGAUGUCAGGCGUGACGCUCGUUAACCUGUGGGUGAAGAAUAGCACCGAGAUACAGAGGAAAGGGGUCGAGACAAAACCGUUCAUCACCAACCCGAAGGCUGUGGAGAAGGGCACCAGAUAUGUGGACACGGAUCUGAACCGAGCCUUCACCCCAGAAAACCUCAGUGCCCCGGGAGGAGAUGACCUGCCCUACGAGGUGCAGAGAGCCCAGGAGAUCAACAGGAUGUUCGGACCCAAAGGAAGCCCAGAUGCCUACGAUGUAAUCUUUGAUCUCCACAACACGACGUCCAACAUGGGCUGCACGCUGAUCCUGGAGAGCUCCAAAGACCACUUCAACCUGCAGAUGAUGAACUACAUCAAGAAAGCCAUCGCUCCAGCCAGUUGUCUUGUUCUGCUGAAUGAACAUCCUCUCUUGAAAUAUUCCACAUCACGCUCUGUUGCCAAGCACCCUGUUGGUCUGGAAGUGGGUCCACAGCCGCAGGGUGUUUUGAGGAGCAACAUCUUUGAAGCCAUGAGGGUCAUACUGAAACAUGCCCUGGACUUCAUUGAGCUGUUUAAUGAAGGCAUGGAGUUCCCUCCUUGUACAGUGGAAGUUUUCCGAGUCUUGGAGAGGAUUGACUACCCCAGGGACGCCAACGGAAACAUCAUUGCCAUGGUGCACCCCAAUCUGCAGGACUGUGACUGGGAGCCGCUGAACCCCGGUGACCCUAUGUUCCAAACAUUUGACGGAAAGACCAUACGCUUCCAAGGCUCGGGCACCGUCUAUCCCACUUUUAUUAAUGAGGCAGCCUAUUAUGAAAAACAACAGGCAUUUGUAACCACCAGGCGAGAAACCUUGGUAGCAAGUGCCAUCAGAAAAGUAUGAAGACCGGUUCGUAGGGCUAAUGGCGAUCGUGAAUAUGUGUUAGCCUCAAAAACAAUCUGUGUAUAGAUUUUGCACUUUGUUCUGUUAGUAAAUGACAGACUUUCCUCACAUAAUGACUAGACACCAUCUUUUACACACUGAUUUAGUUUUCUAUGCAUUUAUUAUGAGAAAAUCUAUUAACUAUGCAAAGAACAUUAGUGAAGCUUUGCAAAGAAUCACUGUGAUAGUCUUUGAUCUGAAGACUGGUAUAUUGCUGUGGUAAGUAUUUAUGAUUCUGUUGAUAUUUAAAUCCAUAUAUAUAUACAUUAAAUCAAAUACAUUUUUAUAAUAUUUAAAGCCAGGCCUAAUCAAUGAUGGCUUUUGAAUUAUUAUACAACACUCUUUAAGUUUCCUAUUACUGCUCAGGAUGGCCAUUUUGGAUCAUAACCUCCUAUUUUUGACCCAAAACUGUAGUUUCUUGUGUUCUUCUGAAAAUAUAUUUGUGGCCUUUUGAUACUACCUACCUGUGACUCCAGUGGUUGCAUCUGUGGUGCUGUCCUAAUGUUGCCUUAAAUGACAUCUCUGAAAAAAAACUGCACAACAAAUUUGGAGUGGAAUUUGUAGUUUAUAUGUGUUGGAUAAUAAGAUAUUAUUUUGAUAAGAAAUGGUAUAAGUUCUGUUCCUCUAAACAAAUGGGAUGCAGUUUGAAACAUGUUUUUAUAAUGAUAUAUUUGUGUCUAUUUUGAUAUACUUGUACUGUAUAUUUGAUUUUAAGUAAUGUAAAGGACUCGUUGAAUCGUGGGAAGCUUAUCUAAUAUUUUUACGUCUUUGUCGUGUCAAAGUGUAUCUCUGUGGUCUUACAGUAGUUCAUCUUUCUUUAGCAAUAUUUCUGGUUGCACCAUUUAUAUGAUUAGUCAUGUUUACUGUCCUUGAAGUCCUGUGAAAAUGAUCUGAUCAAUUAAUAAAGUACUGUACUAUGC